UGUGGAUUUAAGGCCGGCUUUUCGGCUCCGUUCAGCCGGUCUGCUUCUCUCGGUCGCUCAUCGGCUUUGGUGUCGUUGGCUCGCUCUCCCGCAGGCCGGCCGGCGUCUCCUCCUCGUCGGAUGGCGGUCGCGGGCUCGGCCCCGCAUGUCGGCGAUGUGGAAGAAGACGCCUCGCAGUUGCUCUUUCCCAAAGAGUUCGAGAAUUCCGAGACGCUGUUGAACUCGGAGGUGCGCAUGUUGCUGGAGCACCGCAAGCAGCAGAACGAGAGCGCCGAGGACGAGCAGGAGCUCUCCGAGGUCUUCAUGAAGACCCUCAACUACACCGUGCGUUUCAGCCGCUUCAAGAACCGAGAGACCAUCACGGCCGUGCGCAGCCUUCUCCUUCAGAAAAAGCUUCACAAGUUCGAGUUGGCCAGUUUGGCCAACUUGUGUCCCGAAGCGGCCGAGGAAGCCAAGUCCCUGAUCCCCAGUUUGGAGGGACGCUUUGAAGACGAGGAGCUGCAGCAGAUUCUGGAUGACAUCCAGACCAAGAGAAGCUUCCAGUACUGAUGCCACCGAUGUUUCCGAAAACUUUUCUCAGAAUA